AUGGAAAUAGCUUCGCCUGCCCAGAACUACGAUGGCGAUAUCGACCUUGACUUUGGUGACGAUGAUUACAAUGGUGGCGUGCAGAUACUAGAAGACGAGCACAUGCUCACAGAUGGCGAACAAAACCGCCCGGCUACCGCCACUGAUGAUAUGAUGGACGACGACCUGCAACUUGUAGAAACGCACGAGGCUGACAUGCAAGAUACGCCUGAGGUAGAUCAGCAAGUACUGUAUGAGCCGGCUGAUGAGGAGCUGAUCGACUACGGAGAUGAGGAGGCCGCACAGGACUACGUUGAAGACGCCACACUCGUUAACGCCGAUGACGGGUUCAACACCUUCCAGGAGCAUACCGAGCAGGCCGACGAGGACAUUGUGCGGCAGCCUGAGGAAUUCUUCCCUGCCCUCGAUACGAGUCUAGCAUCUACGGAUCUCGCAACGCACAAAGUUGAUGAUAUCGUGAACGUGCCAAAUGAUGACUAUUCUGCCGCAUUCCAAGAAAAUGACUCUGUAGUGCAGCAGCCACAGGCAGAACUUUUCACGGACGAUAAUCACACCGCACUCGAAGACGAAGAAGCAGGAGUGGCCAAUACUGCCAAUGUCUACCACGAAGACCAACUGGCAGUAGUAGAGGCUGGCCACUCUGUCGCGCAGCCAGCGUUGACACUAGAUACCACGACAUACCCAGACUAUGAGCAACCAGCCACGCCUACAGACACUGGCUUGCAUCCCAUGACUGUAUACUAUGGCGACCAUGCUAUGCCGCUGUUCAAGUCGAAGCGACAGCAAGAAGGACUGCUCAAGGACGACAACCUCGCGAGUCUGAGCUUGCAUGAGCUUUUGACCAAAUGUAGAGAGCGACUCGUAAUGAAGAUAGGUAACAUUCCAGAAGAGCAAGAGUUUACUCUUGCCUUCGACCACUUGGGCCUUGUGCUUGUUGACAACUCGCGAGCGGCCUUCGAGCAUUCCCUUAACGAUGUCCUCGAGAUAUACCUUCGACUGCACAGUAACGACGGUGUGACUGAUUGCCCACCACUUUCCCUUACCUUGUCCCAUCAGCAAUUCAGUGGCCAGCUGGCACUUCUUAAGCAGGCAGCACAAGCAGGUAGCGGCAUGUCGCACUUCGUACCAACCAGCCAAGACGCCGAGCAAUACUAUGAAGAGAAUGAGGAGGAUGCACAAAAUGGAGAGGCUCAAGCUGAGCAAGAAGUGGAUGGAGCAGAGCAGCAAACACAGCAAUACGGUGAGCAUGAUCAAGAGGUAUAUCAAGAAGGAGGUGAGGCCUACAUGGCGCAGGGGUUUGAUGCGCAAGAUGCGCAAGAUGCACAAGAAGAGUACCAGGAACAAGAGUAUGCAGAGUACGUGGCAGAAGAAGCUGGUGAGCCCUACGAAGAGAUUAAUGAGCAUGACGCAGAAGCGACCCUGUCUGCCCCGCAAGAUCAUGAGGCAGUCUUCCCUGAGGGUGAUACAUCUGCACAAAGUUUUGCGGAAGCGACCCAAAUUGUGCAGGAUCGUGGCGUUAUGCAGCAUCCAUCAGCCGCCAAUUCUCAGCCAGCCGAGGGUGUAUCCGAAGCGGAAGACGCUGUCGAGCAUGACGCGUCGCUAGACAGCUCAGUGACCUUGCAAGGCGAUCAAGCGAGCGGGACUGGUGAGUACAAGGAUGAAGCUGAGAUCGAUUGGGAUGAUGAUAGCGAUCUAACGGGCAAUGCCUCAGAACUGCCAGCGGACCAUGUCGACGACUUCUCCACCCUUGUUGCGGACCUAGAGGCUGAUCGGGGUCAUGAGGCAGGACAGCCACUUCCUGCGCAGAAAACACCGCAUCCUGCGUCCGAUGAUGUUGCGGACCACCCACAUGAGCAAGAUUCUAAUGCCAACCACGAUCAGCCCCUGAAUCUAGGCUCUGAGGACCUUCUUGGCGAAGAGGAGCUCGACCAAGAAGCCAAUGAAGAAAUCGAACCGCUGGACGAAGCAGAGGAAGCGCAGCACGAGGGCCAGCAAGAAAUUUACCAAGAUCAGGCUGACACAUAUGACGAACAGCAAACAGACCAGCACGAUGGGGCUGGUGAAGAGGCAGAGCAAUCCCAGAUUACUGAUGAUUUUGCCAACGAAGAGGCGUACGAGUCCGGCGACGAACUACAAGUGAAUGGCGAGACACAUCUAGCAGCCGACAAUAUACCAAAUACGAUCGACGAGCCCACCAAGACGGACAACCUGGACACGCUGGAACUGGAAGACACUAUCGAUUUUGAUGACGAUACUUCGGCAGAAUAUGCAGCGAGAACGGCCUCCAACCCCGACAUCUCAGCACCCGCAAACGACGCGAACUCGCCACUUGGCAAGCGCUCUUUCGACGAGCAUAAUGCUGAAGACGAUCUGGAAUUCAGCGACGACGAUGAACCGGAGAUGAAGAAAGUUCGUGCCGGGUGA